AUGGUGAAGGACAAGGAUACCGUGAUCAGCGAGUUCAAUGAGCUUGUCAAUAUGACCCCGAAUGAGCUCCGCGAUUGGCUCAAAGAGGAGCAAUCGCAGUCGUCGGGGUGGAUCGGCGAAUCUGGCGAGACUAUCGGUCACGAGAGUGGUCGCAAGAUAGUGGAGAUUUUGGAACACAAUCCAAGUCGUAAGCCUUCUGGUUAUGAUGAUUCUGAAAUCGAUCAUAUGCGAAAGGUUGUGUCCUACUGCAAGCGACAUCUCGCCCAGGAAGAGAUUGCUAAACGGAACCCGAAUAGCAAGAGCUAUCGCUCUCUCAAGAAUUGGGGACAUGAUGCUCUGAAGCAGUAA